AUGGGAAAGUUUGGUCCAAUCUACAGAGCGAUGUUUAAUUCUUACAAUGGAUCUGUUCAUGAUGUUAAUGUUUACUUAUUGAAGAAUGUAUCUCGUCUUCCGGAUGAGCAAUUAGUCAAGUUAACUUCUCUUCUGAAAUCAAAUAUAGCUGCUGGAGCACACCAGAAUGUAGUUUCUCUUUGUGGUCUAUCUACAGUUGGAUCAGAUGUAAUGUUAAUGUGGGAACCACUCCAUCAAUCUGUUCUUCGUGGAGUUUUACGAGAAAGUCGUUGUGCAAGAUUCGGAACAGAGCCAUUCAACAUGGCAAGCUUCCUUUCUUCUGAAAGAUUGGCUGCAAUUGCGAUUGGGUGUUGUAACGGAGUAGAGCAUCUUCUCAAGAAAAACGUUUUCCCAACUCAUUUAUCAACUUCAAAUGUUUUACUUGCUGAAAGAGGUAUUGUCAAGAUUGGAGGAUUCGGGCUCGCAGAGCAUCAUGCACUUGAUAUGACAACGGAAAGUGCGCCAACAAAACUCCGCUGGAUGCCUCCAGAAUACUUCAAAAAGGAUCAAAAAUUGAUUUAUAAUGAACAGACGAUGAUAUGGCCACUCGGAGUAACUCUCUGGGAGAUAUUCUCUUUAGGAGGAACACCAUUCACAUCUCUUCGCCAGGCACAGACAUUUAUCGAUGCAAUGAGAGAUGGAUCAGCUCAAUUGGAAACGAUUUCUUAUUGUGGAGAAGCUGUGACACAGCUACUUUCCACAUGCACUUCUCAUAUACCGGAGGCUCGAGGCGACAUCCGAACGAUUAUAAAACGACUGGAAUGUAUUUCUGCCGAUGCGAAAACCCAAAUAAACCUCUGCUAUCGGGAAGACUUCCCAUACUUGCCAAUCAUAACUCCUUUGGAACAACAAGACGAAUAA